AUGAACAGCUGUAUCACCACCUUACUUGGUAUCCAGACUCCCUUAGUUGCUCCUCCAAUGGCAGGAGCAAGCGGAGGAGCGUUGGCUGCACAGGUCACAAAUGGAGGCGGCUUUGGAUUCAUAUCAGCAGGAUACCAACCUGCGGAAACUCUGAUUUCCGAGCUAUCAUUGGCUCGUUCUCUUCUUGAAACCAAGAGUUCGACGGGAAUACUCCCUGUCGGCGUCGGAUAUCUAGGAUGGUUGCUUGACAAAAUGCCCCCCAAAGAAUCUGAAACCCUGUUGAUCGCUGCACUAAGUGCUAAUGUACAAGCUUUCUGGUUUGCUUUUGGACGCAAUUUGGGGAAAUGGAUCCAAUAUGUUAGAGAUAAAUCCCCUGAAAAAUGUCCAUUGAUCUUCGUACAAGUCAACUCUUUGGAUGAAGCUGUUCAUGCUGUGGAAAACCUUAAAGCAGACGUUAUUGUAGCGCAAGGCAUAGAGUCUGGAGGGCAUGGUGGCAGUUAUGCUCCGCCACUCUCUGAGUUACUCCAAAGUAUUCUAGCGCAAUUUGCCGGUUCCUCUCAAGAACCGUGUAUUCUAGCUGCAGGCGGAUUGGCGAACGGAUCAGACAUCGCUCUUCAACUCGGUCUAGGCGCUGCUGGAGUUGUAAUGGGCACACGGUUUCUACUUUCUCCGGAAAGCAAGUAUACAGAUGCACAAAGAGAGGCACUGAUUACCGCACGUUCGGAAGACACAGUGCGCACCAUGGCGUUCGAUCAGGCCAGGGGGACGAUAGAUUGGCCUGAAGGAAUUGACGGAAGGGGAUUGCGGAAUGAUACCGUGUCCGACUUUGAGCAGGGCAUAAGCUUUGAACUUAUUCAGUCAAAAUUUAAAGAAGGCAUUCAAAAUCAAGACCACAAGAGGUUCUUGGUUUGGGCGGGAACAGGGGUCGGCUUAAUGAGUUGCACUAUGCCAGCAAAAGAUAUUGUUAAGGAGUUGCAUCAGGAAUGCGAGCAGCAGCUCAAACUUUCCAAUCUAGAAAGAAAUCCGUGA